AUCCCGCCAUCCGCCAGCUGGUACUGCAGUUUUCUAUCGGCCAGCUCGUACCGAAAGGUUGACUUAUUUGCUGGCGAUUCUCAGAGUCCAAAUGAUAAAUCAUGAGGAAGGCGCUAGUAGAAGCAGCAUUUACUUUUUUCGUAUUGUUGGGCAUUGUCCAGAGUUCAUCAGCAAGUUGUGGACUUUCCACUCUUUAUGCUGAUGCAGGAACAUCCAAGAUUCUAACAAGUCCUAACUACCCUGCUAGCUACAAUCCAUCUGUAAAGUGUUCCUGGAAAAUUGAAUCUCGUUACAACUCCCUGAAUGUGAAGUUAAAGAUUGUUAGCUUUGAUACUACUGGGACCAGUGGAGCUUGUACAAAUGAAACUGAUAAUCUAGACGUCUUUGAUGGUGAUGAUCUAGUUGCAAGAUAUUGUGGUAGCAAUGUACCAAGAAAUUUGACCAUUUCUACUGGCAAUUAUCUAAAACUGAUAUUUACCAGUCCAAGUAAUAAAGCAAAGCAAGUCUUUAAACUGGAAUACAUGGCAGUUCAAGAUUCAUAUUGUGGCUCCAUUUCUUCUUGAUGCUGAACUAGACAAACCAAAGAUUCUAACAAGUCCAAACUAUCCUGCUAACUACCCUCCUCAGGCAAAAUGUUAACUUGGCUUAUCACAGCACCUCCAGGGCAUUUUGUAAAACUGAACUUCACUAACUUUGACCUGGGGGGCUUUGAUAAGUACUUUGGAAUAUGCAAUUAUAAAGAACAUACUUUAAAACUAACUAGUUCCAAUCAAAGCUCUUCAGUUGGUAAGUUCUUCCAGCUUGGAAAGUACUGUGGCAGCAGUGUACCUGCCAAUGUGAUUUCUUUCAAGAGAUACUUGACUUUAGUCUUUUCAAGUGUUACUACUAUUGCAAAUAAUCUUCCUACAAAACAAGGCUUCAGACUGGAGUACUCUGCGCUCCGCUCCCCUGGUAAGUAUAGGGAUUAUUAGCUUCAAAAUUAAGGAAAACAGAAGACAUUAGCAAUCCUAAUGCUUAUUUGCUGUGAAAUUGUCAUGUUUUACAUAUAGUUAUUAAACAACAUGAGCGGCCGUGUUGUAUGGGAAUUACUUAUUAAUUCCCAUACAACAUGGACGCGAAUGUUGUAAACAACUUAUUAACUCCAACACAAAUUAACAUGAAUUACAGUGAGAUAAAUGACGAAAAUGACAAUUAAGGUAACUGCAGAGUUUAGUUGCUAUUAAGCAUGCACAAUUUACUGCAACACAGAACAUUUUGAAUAAUUAUCCAUUCAACAUGGAAAGCAAGCCAUCUGUUGCAUAA